GAUUGGCCAGCGCCCCCCCCGCCGGAUGUGACGUCACAACGCUGCGCGGAGACGGCGGGGUAAGAUGGCGGCGCCGGGGGAGCCGGGUGAGGCGGCGUUCGCGCGGCGCAUCGACCCGGCCCGGGAGCCGGGGCUCAGCCCCGAGCAGCGCCGCCUCAUGGCGCAGGUGGAGCACGCCCAGCGCCAGCGCGCCCUGCAGCGCCGUCUCCGCAGCCGCAACGUGCUGCUGGCGCUCGGCAUCGGCGCGGUGACAUUUGGCAUCUACGGUUACACCUUUUACUCGGUGUCGCAGGAGCGGUUCCUGGAUGACCUGGACCAGGAGGCGGAGGCGGCGCGGGCCCGGGCCCGGGCGCGGGCGGAGGGCACCGCGAGUUGAGCGGGGAGCGCCCGGCCCGUGACUGAGCUGCCGCCCGCGCCAGGCAGGACGGGCCUCGAGGCAGACGCGCCUGAGGGGUUCGGGCCUGCCCCGCGCUCUGCUUUGGCCAGGAGAAGGCCCCGGGGGCUCCCCGCAGGCAGGGCAGAGCCCGCCCCGGGGCCGUGCCCGCGGGAGGGACGGGGCAGCCGGGAGCCAACACUCCCCACAAUAAAUCCUCUCACUGGAGACCGCCCAGCGCCCGUUGUCACGGAUCUCUUGGGCUGAGCCCGCCUGAGGGGGGAUUUUUUGCUUUUUGCUGUUUAUCCUCACACAGUGAGGCAAGCAGCCACGCGUCCUGCCCGACAGACACACGCAGAGCCAGUUUGUAUUCAAUCCACGUUUAUGAAAACGCUUUUCCAACGCCAGUUCAUACCAAAGUGCUCCCGGAUCCGGCA